GAUAUGCUGGCAACUGAGCUGUAACAAGGGAGGUUAGAGCCGCUGAGUAUACUCAAGAUAAAAGAUGGCAGGAAACCUCAAAAGAUCUUUUAAUUUUCUAGCACUUUUUUCUUUUUUUAGUGUCGCAUGUUUUGCGCUGGUUUUAUUCUAUUCCAGAAGAAACUUUAUGGCUAUUGUUCCUGAGACACAUAUUUUGACACUAGGAAACAAAACAUUUUCAGGGAUAGUAAAGGAGCGUGUUGCGAAGCUGUUUGCGAAGAGGAUCGAAGCCUCAAACAAAAGCAGUGAGAUACCAUCUGCUGUCAACAUAACUUUGGGCCCCUGCCCUGACAACCCUCCAGAUCUCGUAGGUCAGCUCCUCAUUGAGUUUGAUUUCAGACGGACUUGGGAAUAUGUGAGAAAGGAAGUCAGUCCUUCGCUUCAAAAAGGAGGAAGGUUCAAGCCAAAAGACUGUGUUGCAAAGCAGAAGGUGGCAAUCAUCAUCCCAUUCCGGAAUCGGCAUGAGCACUUGAAGCACUGGCUUUAUUACCUGCAUCCUAUACUGAAGCGACAGCUUGUGGACUAUGGAGUCUAUGUCAUCAACCAGGAUGGAGAAGGAGUCUUCAAUCGGGCUAAACUGAUGAAUGUAGGAUAUGUCGAAGCGCUCAAGGAAUAUGAUUAUGACUGCUUUCUCUUCUCUGACGUAGACCUGGUUCCCCUAAAUGACCGUAACCUCUACAGAUGUUUUGACAAUCCACGACACUUGGCUAUAGGCAUGGACAAAUUUAAAUUCAACUUACCCUAUAAGACCUUCUUUGGUGGGGUCGCUUCAUUUUCCAAACAUCAGUACUUGAAAAUUAAUGGGUUCCCAAACACUUACUGGGGUUGGGGUGGUGAGGACGAUGAUAUCUACAAACGAAUAAUCUUCCGUAGAAUGCAGGUUUCUCGACCUGACUUACUGACAGGCAGGUACAGGAUGAUCAGACAUCAAAGAGACGAGCACAACGACCCAAAUCCAAAGAAUCCUGAUAAACUCUUUCAAACACGAUGGACCAUGAAUGCGGAUGGCAUUAAUUCCCUCAAAUACACAGUAAAGAACAUUGAGAAGGAUAUCUUGUACACUUUUAUCACUGUAGAUAUCGGCUCUCCUGAAUGAUCCGCCUGGAUGCAAUUUAACUCUCUUGGGCGGCUGUUCUUUAGUAAUUCAUUGGUGUUUUGAUCUCAGAACUGAACAAGUGACAACUCCGUUAUUGGUCCAAUUAUGUUCUUAAAAUCUCUGUGAAUCCAAUUUGCCCUAAAAUCAAAUAAAUAAAUAAAUAAUUAAUAUACGUAUCCACUCCAACAAAAAGGAAAAACUUGACAUUUUUGACUUGUUGUGAAUAACUUGCAAUCAAAUUAGAAACAGAUCUUAAAGGUGUAUCUCUAAAUAAAUAAACCUUCACACUAUAAAAUAAAACUUAAUAGUGCAGCAUAUGACAUGACACUACAAGGCAGGGAAAUUGGUCAAAGGUGGCGACAAGUACCAAAAUUGGUACACAAACUUUUUUAUGGUUACUUUUUUUGAUUAAACCCCACUAGCCUUCUGAAAACUGCAACUCAACUGCAUAUAUGUUGUUGCAAUUAUUUUGUCUCACUUGAAACAAAGAAGCCGUGAAGAUGUUUUUAGCAUCUAAAAGCAUACUCAAUCAAAAGUAAGACCUCUGAAGCUGCUAGUGUUCGAUGUUCUGUAGUGAAACAGCUGUUAACUUUAGAUGGAAAUGAUGGCCAAACUGGAAAAUGUUGAAAUUCUGAAUAUUCAAGCAACUCAUUUUUUUUUUUCUUUUUGUAUUGGCUGCACCAGGACAAACAUGGAAAUUCCAGAGCUUGUUUCUACUUCAUUUCGCUCACGGUAUUUCACCGGAAGCAGCUUAAUACACCACUCAUUACAUACAUGACUAUCUACAGCCAUUUUUUCCUUUCUUUUUAUUUUUUUUUUCAAGAAGUUUCAUUGCACUAUUUUAAAAUGUUGUUUCUCAGAGGCCUUAAAUGCACUGAUUUCCUCAAAAUACCUUGCAAAAUACUAACUGCAACAGAAAGAAUAAUUUUCUGCCAGUAACAUUUUUUAAUGGAGGUUUAUGAAAAUAGUCGAUAGUAAAAAACAAUGUGUUCUUAAAAAUAUGGGGAAAACCCUGCAUGUUUGUGAAAACAACCAGCUUUAUGUUUUUGUGCAAUUUGCGACACAAAAAGGUUCAGACAAUGGUAAGCUGUAACAAUAACUGAAGGACGCACUAUUGUAUAAACUACUGGAGCUAACAUUUGAUUGGUUAGCAACCUGCAAGCACUGCAAGCACACAGUGCUAUUCAGGGCUUAGUAACAGAUCAAUAAAAUACCAGUUUUCCAUGCCAAAACUGAAGCACAAACUUCUUGCACAGGCCAUAUUUUCAGAUAAUCCCAUUAAAAGUGCCAUAAGAAGCACCAACGGACAAACAAGUCAGUGACUCCACUUAGAGAAGAUAAGGACACUAAAACUGCUGUCUCAGAUGAAUGAAUGAAUGAAUGAAUGAAUUAAUGAAUUCUGUUCAGUUCAAAUCAAAGUUAUUUAUAGAGCACCCAUCAUAUUAUUUAUAUAUUUUUUAAUAUGGGAGUAUAAGUAGAUUAAUUCCAACACUGGCUUUAUUUUUCAGCCUCAGGAGUUGCCAUUUGGCACCAACAGAGGCAGCUAUGGCCGCUAUGUCUGCUCAAUGUUUGUGCUUUUAGUGUCUCUUUAGAGCAUUUGGAUUUCAAUUAUUUGACAAGUAAGACUGUAUACUAUGGAAUUUAUUUUCAUCAUAAAAUGACAUGACAUCCAGAUGGUAGAGUCAGAAUUUCAAUUCAUAAACAACAUAAAAGCAUGGAUCCAUUCGACCUUGUGUCCUUUUCAGGGAGCUAGCAGUGGUGUAAUGGUGUGGGAUAUUUUCUUAGCACACUUAGGGACAAGAAAAAUUUCGGCAAUAUUUUUUAAAUAUUUUUUCUCUAAUAUUUUUAUCGGGGAAAACGAUUAUCAUUUAAUCACCAUAGCCUACCUGAGUGUUAUAGCUGACUAUGGUCAUUCCAUUUCCCAGAAAUAUAGCACACCAUGUCACACAGUUCAUAUUCUGUCUAACCAGUUUCUUGAGCAUGACAAUGCAUUUUCUGUGCUCACAUGCCUCGACAAGCACUAAUUCAACAGAACACCUUUGGCAUGUAGUUGAACAGGAGAUUUCCAUCACUACUGUACAACUGACAAAUUUACCGCAACAGUGUGUUGGCAUAGGUCAUUAUGGAUCAAAACCUCUGAAUGUUGCCAGCUCUUUAUUGAAUUUAUGAAACCAGUAUUAAGGAACUUCUGAACGCAAAAGGGAAACCAACCUGGUUCUACCAAGGUGUAUCCAAUAAAUUGACUCUAUGCACCUGCUGAACCCAUUUUGACGUGGGUAUUUGAAGGAACUGAACUGUUCUGAGUUAUUUUUAUAUG